AUGUCCACCGAUCAGGAUUCCCGUACCACGAAUGGGGAGCUAACCGAUCCAUGCCUUUUCCAUCAUCCGAAAGUUAAUACAGAUGUUCUCAUUGUCGGAGCCGGGGUGGCAGGGUUGAGCAUGGCGGUGCUUUUGGCUUCGCUCGGCGUGCGAGCAAUCACCAUAUCCAAACAUACCGGAACGGCACCAACACCACGCGCCCACAUCACCAAUCAGCGCACUAUGGAAAUUUUUCGAGACCUUGGUAUCGAGGAACAGGUGCUGGCCGUUUCCACCCCAUUGAAACAGCUGGGAAGCGGCGUGCUUGCUACCAACCUGGCGGGGACGGAGAUCGCACGGUACAGCUGCUAUGGCACGGGCUCACAUCAGGUCUCGAAUUUCGCCACGGCCAGCCCAUGCGAGAUGCAAAAUGUGUCCCAACAUGAACUAGAACCGAUUUUGCUGUCUGCGGCACGGGAGAAAGGAGCUGAUGUUCGUUGGGCAACCGAACUCGUCCACGUCGAAAAUUUACCUGAUGGAAUCAAGGGUCGGGUGCGAGAACGAUUUAGUGGAGCAGAAUACGAGAUCUCUGCGCGGUAUGCGGUAGGUGCCGAUGGGGCCCGCUCGUUCGUUGCUCAGGAGUUAGGGUUCACGUUUGAAGGCGAACAUGGGCUGAAAUCCAUGGUGAGCGCAUGGGUGGAAGCUGAUCUCACGCGGUAUACAGCCUAUCGUCCCGCCGCAAUCUACUGGACCAUGCAGCCGGGAAAUGACUCUUGGGUGGGCUCAGGCACAUGGAUCUGCGUACAUCCAUACAAAGAGUGGGUGCUCAAUUGGCAGUACGAUCCGGCUGAUGGGGAGCCUGACCUCUCGGAUUCGAAGGUGAUCGGCCAUGCCCAUUACACGAUUGGCGACAAGGCCGUCCCCGUUCGAGUAAAAGCAGUGAACAAGUGGCAGGUCAAUAACGUUGUCGCAACCACAUAUCGCGAAAAGAAUAUGUUCCUGGCUGGGGACGCGGCUCACCGGCAUCCACCCAGCAGCGGACUUGGCAGCAACACCUGCGUCCAAGAUGCAUACAACUUGGCCUGGAAGCUCGCUCUAGUGUUGUCCGGACGCGCGGGCCAGCGCCUUCUCGAUAGUUACCACGAGGAACGGCAACCCAUUGGCCGACAGGUAGUGGAUCAUGCCAUCAAGACCCUCCAUUACAUGUCGCGUGUGCCCAGUGUGCUGGGCUUUUGGCGUGGGCAGACGGCGGAAGAGGGUCGCAAGGUGAUGCAGGAGUUGUUCUCUGAUAGUCCCGAGGGUUCACAGCGCCGAUCUGCUCUCACUGAAGCGGUCUAUCUACAAAAUUACCGAUCCAAUGCGCUCGGAAUCCAGCUUGGACAGCGGUACAAGUCGCAGGCUAUCAUUGACGACGGAACCGCCUACCCUGAGUCCACGCGAGACCCCAUUCUCAAUUACGAGCCAACAACGCAUCCCGGCGCGUACCUCCCACACGCCUGGCUAGAGCACCAGGGUCGGCGCAUCUCCAUUCUGGAUGUUGUUGGCCACGGUCGUUUCAGUCUCAUCGUGGGAAUUAGUGGCGCAGCAUGGAAGGCGGCCGCAGAGGGACUAGGGUUGGGUAUUGAUCUGUCAAUCUACGCUGUUGGAAUCCGCUGCGAGUACGAUGAUGUGCUGGGUGAGUGGACGGCUCGACGCGAGCUCUCUGAACAUGGGGCCUUGAUCGUUCGCCCCGAUUGCCAUGUUGCCUGGCGAAGCUAUGAUCUACCCCAGGACCCCUCCACCGCCCUGAAAUCUGCUUUUAGCCAUAUCCUUGCUCUUGAUGAAACUUCAUCCUCGUGA